UGGCCAGCUCUGUCUGAACAAAGUGAGAGAAGCUGUGCCCUUCUCUGACCCUUGGAUGGGCAAUGAAAUGAGAUAUCAUCGUCACUUUGCUUUCCAAAGGUAGAAGCUAAUAAGUUUUAUGGCUGCUGAGUUAUCAACUUUCAAGGUAUAAAGGAGAAAAAGGAAGAGAAUUUCUUUCUUUUCAGCCUUAACAUCUAAAACACAGCACUCCAGGAUUAUCAUUCAUAGAGGUGGUUACCAUGAAGCUAUUGUUAGGUGUGCUGUUCCUUUGGUUGCUCUCCUCAGAAGGUAAUGCAGAUGAUCAGGAAGAAUAUGAGAAACUAGAGGCUCUAAGAAGCUUGCAGUUUUCAUGUGAGCAGGCGACAUUCCCUGAGACCCCUUCAUCUUCAGUUCAUGCUCUAAGGCCAGCUGACAUUAAAGCAGUCACUGCAAUAGGAAGUUUUCAAAGAACACCAGGAUCUGGUGAGGACUUACUCCAAAGCUCAGGAAAGAACUUCCUUGAAAUAAGCAUGGCAACUUUAGCAGCUCUCAUUAGCACCUUCAACCCCUCGGUCCUACAUCUGUCCCCUCCACCUGGCACAGCAGGAGAGAUGCCAGACAGUCAAGCCAGAGACCUCCUGCAUCAAGCUGAAGAAAUAGUGAAGCUCAUGAAAGUGGAUCAGAUGAUAGACUUCCAAAAUGACUGGAAACUGAUCACAGUGUUUUUUAGUGCUGAAACCUCAUGUUCCUCCUAUGCUUCCACACAACUGCAGAGCUGCAUACAGGAAAACUUGGAAAAACUUACAGCUGUCUUGGAUUUUUUGUAUAAGAAGGUUCCCAAGGCCUUCGUAAAUCUAGUGGAUUCCACUGAGCUCACAACUGCCUCUCUUGUGUGCCAAGAUUACAGUAAUGCCAGGAAUCAGUGCAAUUAUGUUGAACACUCCACAUUACAUGAUAACAUACUGAGGUGGUCCUAUCAGGAUGCUUUGGAAAAACUACUGGAGUCUGAGAGGUUUGAUCAAAAGGAUGACUUCACUGUUGUUCUUCAGCCUUCUCUCCAAGGAAGAAAUCUGCUGCUCGGACUGGGCGAGGAUGAUUUGGUUACCACAUCAAAGACAAAAGUAGAAAUUCUGGAAGAUUGCAUUUUCAUGGCUGUGGGCCUCUGGAAUAACAUGAUGCAGCCAGUUGGACAGAAGCAGCCUUAUGGUGGCACAAAAAUUGUCCAGUGUCCAUCUCAGGAAAAUCCAUACUUGUUUACGUACAGAAAUAGUAACUACUCAUCUUCCCUGAGGCCAUCAAACCGCAGAGAAACACCUCAGGAGAGGAGCUAUGGAACAAAUAUGCCCUGUCCUGACCGGGCUCCCUCUAAUACAGUUCCAGUUUCAGUUCAUAAUUUGAAACCAGCAGAUAUUCGGGUGAUUGCUGCCGUGGGAGAUUCACUCACAGCAGCUAAUGGGGCAGGAUCCAGACCCCAUGAUGUUCUGGAUGUCCUGACUCAGUACCGAGGUCUUUCAUGGAGUGUUGGAGGAAAUGAAAACAUAAGCACAGUUACGACACUACCAAAUAUUCUUCGUGAGUUCAACCCAUUCUUGGUAGGGUAUUCCAUUGGCACUGGAACACAGAAUUCACACAAUGCUUCAUUAAACCAAGCUGUGGCUGGAGCUCGUGCAGAGGAUGUUCCUCAACAGGUUAGGAAACUGGUGGACCGCAUGAAGAAUGACACUAGAAUAGAUUUCCAGAAUGACUGGAAGCUCAUAACACUUUUCAUAGGAGGAAAUGACCUCUGCAAAGUCUGUGAGAAUCCAGUGCACUAUUCUCCUGAAAACUACACCUACAAUAUACAAAUAGCUUUGGACAUACUUCACAAAGAGGUUCCACGGGCAUAUGUGAACCUGGUGACGAUGCUUUACAUAGUGAGGCUGCGGGAGCUGCAUCAAUCGAAAAACAAUAACUGCCCAAAACUGCUUAUGAGGAUCCUGUGCCCUUGUGUCAUAAACCCUAAGAACGAUUCCAAUGAGUUAAAGGAGUUGAUCUAUUUUAACAGAAGGUAUCAGGAGAGAACCCGCCAGUUGGUGGAGAGUGGAAGGUAUGACACGAAGGAUGAUUUCACAGUGGUUAUGCAGCCAUUUAUGACUAAUAUAGAAAUGCCAAAAACACAGGAGGGGUGGCCAGAUGAAUCAUAUUUUGCCCCAGAUUGUUUCCACUUCAGCCAAAAGGCUCAUUCCCAGGCUGCACGUGCUUUGUGGAACAACAUGCUGGAGCCUGUAGGGGAGAAGACAGAUAGUCAGAAGAUGGAUGAUGAGCUUGUCCUCAAAUGUCCAUCUGAGGCUGAGCCAUUCCUGAGGACAUAUAAGAACAGUAAUUACACAUACCCUAACCAAACUCCAAAUUAUGGAAGCCAGCUGCCAUGUGAGGACAGGUCUCCAUCCUCCCCUCCUGCAACUUCAGUGCAUUCCUUAAAGCCAGCUGAUGUGAAAGUUGUAGCAGCCCUUGGGGAUUCUUUGACGGCUGGUUCAGGAAUUGCCUCAGAUACCCUCCAGGAUGUGAUCACUCAGUACCGGGGACUGUCUUGGAGUAUUGGAGGAGAUGAGUCGUUGGAGAAUGUGACAACUCUACCUAACAUCUUUCGGGAGUUCAGUGUCACGAUCACGGGCUACUCAACUGGUAUCGGGAAUGAGAAUUAUUCCAAUGCAUUCCUUAACCAGGCAGUUCCUGGAGCACUGGCUGAGCACUUGCCAGCCCAAGCAAGAAGUCUUGUGAGUCUUAUGAAAACUGACCAGAGGAUUGACUUCAGUGCUGACUGGAAGCUCAUAACUGUGCAUAUUGGAGCCAAUGAUCUGUGCAUCUAUUGCAAAGACCCCAAUCACUACUCAGCUGGGAAUUACAUCAAAAGGAUUCAAGAAACUCUUGAUAUUCUGCACAAGGAGGUUCCAAAAGCUCUGGUGAGUCUGGUUGAUGUGGGGGACAUCACUGCUCUGAGACAGUUAUUUGUGGACCCUUCAGAUCAGUGCCCCACUUACUUGGCAGAUUAUCUGUGUAGCUGUGUUCUCACAGGAGAAGAAAACUCAGAAAAUUUAACAAUGGUGAGGGACGCCAUCAAAGCUUACCAGCUUGGCAUUCAGAGUCUGAUAGAGUCUGGCAGAUAUGACACUCAUGAAAAUUUCACAGUCGUCAUCCAGCCUUUCCUCCAAAAUCUGAAGGUUCCUCUUGAUCAGGAUAAGAAGCCAGACAUCUCCUACUUUGCACCUGACUGCUUCCAUCCGAGCCAGAAAGGCCAUUCUCAGCUUGCCAGGGCUCUGUGGAAUACUGUGUUACAGCCUGUGGGCCAGAAAGCUGACUCAUUUGAUUUCUCAGCUGACAUCGUCCUUGGCUGUCCAGCUCAGAACAGUCCCUUCCUGGGAACGUACAGGAAUAGCAACUACACACCUGUGGAGCCCACUAGAGAGCCAAUAGAGAAUUGGGGCAGUGAACUGUCAUGUCCUGGUCACACUCCAUCCACUAGUGUCCCAACAUCAGUCCAUGAGCUACGGCCUGCUGACAUCAAAGUCAUAGGAGCACUUGGAGAUUCCUUGACUACUGCAGUAGGAGCCAAAGUACCAGACCUACAAACAGACUGGAGGGGACUUUCCUGGAGUAUUGGGGGUGAUGACACUCUGGAGAUCCAGGCUACUUUACCCAACAUCUUGAAGAAAUUCAAUCCAAACAUCUUUGGCUUCUCCACUGGCAGUUCUAAGGAAACAGCUGGAUUCAACGUUGCAGAGAGAAAUGCUGCAGCAGGUGAUAUGCCAGCCCAAGCACGUGCAUUGGUGGAGCUGAUGAGAAGCAGCUCGAAAAUUAACUUCAAAGAAGACUGGAAGCUGAUUACCAUCCUUGUUGGAGGCAGUGACCUAUGCCAGUACUGCUUGGACAAGGAGACCUAUUCAGUGCAAAAGUAUGUAAAGCACCUUCAGGACACUCUGGAUAUUUUCUAUAAGGAGCUCCCAAGAGUCUUUAUCAACGUGGUGGAGAUGCCGGAGUUCUCUGGGCUGCGUCAAAUCACAGCAAGCUCUUCAGAGUGUGCCUUGACAGCAAAGAAGGUUUGCCCAUGUUUCUUAAACCCAGAGGAAAAUUCUUCUGAAUUUCAAGAGAUGAAGAGAGUUAACAGAGAUUUUCAGGCUGAAGCCCUGAGCCUGAUCAACAGCGGUCGGUACGAACAGCGGCAGGACUUUGCUGCUGUCAUCCAGCCAUUCUUCCGGAACACCUUGUUGCCCCUCGAUAGUACCAGCAAGCCAGAUAUGAGUUUCUUUGCUGCAGACUGCUUUCAUUUCAGCGUAAGAGGCUAUGCUGAGAUGGCCAUGGCUCUCUGGAACAAUAUGGCUCACCUUCACUUGGUCAAAUGGAAUGCGUGACUUUGCCUCAUGGCUAUUGAAACAAUCAAACCUGGUUGAGGCAGCAGGAGUGUUUCCAUGAGAGAUGGAAGAUGAGCCACGACUGGGGUGAAUGGCAAGUCACGAAGCUGGAGCUGGGGCAAAGCUGGAGGCAGGUCAGUCUCCCUAGACCAGCACAUGGAUCCAGGGUGGAAAAGCUCAUCCCUGCUCAUUUGACACAACCACCUUUGCUUAUACAUCUACUAGCUCCCUUCAAGUGCAGUUUCCCCCAUGCUGCCUUGCAUAUAUAAGAUGAUUUGGGACAAAAUGCCACCUUGCCACCUCCCUCCUGGCUGCCCAUCCUUUCUUUAAAUGCCUUGCCUGGUUGCAAAGCUGGUGUCAGCUGUCAGCAUUGUACUGUGACUAAUGUUCAUUUUUUUGCACAAUAGAAUGUUUGACUUCUUAUUACCUAACUUUGGCCUUUUUGCUGUCUUCUAAUUUUCCUAUUUAUUUCAUACAUCCAUUGCAAGUGAUUAGCUCUUAGAAGUAGGAAUUGCUAGUCUGGUUUCCUCAGGAAAUAGGGUGAUCAUGUUCUGCACAUCCUCAGAUAAAUGUUGAACACACCAGUUGAUUUAAUUUGGCUGCUGGAGAGUGGGCUUAAAGCUAAUUGAAUUCCUGUAAGUUUUGUAUGAGCAGGCAGCCAGCUGGAGCAGAGAGGAACCCUAGAGUCACAUGCCAGAAAGAAAAGUAGCAGAUACAUUCUAUCUUAGAAGAUACCAAAAAAUUCAUAAGGGAGAUACAGUAGUUAGGCACCAAAAAAAGUGCCUCUGUUUGUACCUCUAAAUAAUCAUGAGAAACAAACCCAUAAGAAACCUGGACUCUUCUAGCAUUUAUUAAGUUAAUUUUAGGUUGUUUGCACUGUGAUUGGGACAUCUAAAACAAUAGUUUUAGAUUCCUGAAAGGGAUUUUUAAUGUGUUGCUAUAGACCAUGAAAAAACUAACUGUAAUAAUACUGAUAAAGGCCGACAAAGGAAAUCUAAUCACCAAAAGUUCAUCUGGCAACUGGAGGGCACAAAAUCUCACCCCACAAUUUUGGGGUGCUUUUGCUGGCAGCAGAUUCUCAGCCCUCACCCACUCCAUUCCCCUUCCACAGACAACUUAAAAUUAGUCAGAUGAUGUGUAAUCCCACAAGAAAUGAGCUGGCUUGGAAAUGGCAAGUGCUGCAUGGAAGCCUGGCUCCAGGUUUCCAGCUCCUGACUGCUUACACAGCAAAGUUGAUAAGGACAGUUCUGAAAUCAGUGGGAUGUUUUGCAUGGCAACAAAUGCCUGCCCAGAACGGGACAAAAGGGAGGAUUUAACCACAGAUUGUCUCUUUUAUUCUGUAAAUAGGCAUUUUUCCAUGGUUAGGCAAUUCCAUAAAAAAUAAAAGUUAAUAAAAAUGAAAAGGCUUGUGCAGCAGUUGGCUGACAGGUUUCAUGCAGUAGUGCCGUGUUACAGAGAUAAACAUCAGUGCUUAGCUUACAGAUUGUCUCAACACCUGGAAGGCUGUUAUAGAGACAGGUUUAAUAAUUAAUUGCUAUUUCUCUGAGACAAUGUACCCUGGAUCUCUUAAGGUGCAUAUUGCACACCAGGUAACAGGAGGAGUAGGCAAAAGAGACAAAAGCAUUAGAAAAGAUAAAAAGACUGAGAUCAAAUGACAUUAUUCUUCAUGUCAUGGUGGAAAUGAGUCUAUACUCAGCUGAUCCUGCAUGGAGGUUGCCUGGAGGUGUUUUGAUAUACUUGAGGUCAAAAUACUUGUGUUCCAAAGUUGCUUUUAAGUAAAUGAUUCUCAUACAGCUGGUGGCAGGAAAGAAGAUGGAAACAGAUAAAUUCCUUCAUGUUAGGUUUGUGUCAUGUCACCGUGCACGGCUGAAGAUAGUGAGGUGUUGUUUUAUAACCAGAAAAAUAUGAUAUCUGCAAGUGAUGUUAGUAGGUCCCUACAGGAUAAGUUUUCUGUAUGUAAUAUAUAUUUUUCUCAUCUAUGUUUAGCAGUACAUUUUUUUUGUGCAAGAUAUAAACCUAGCAAAAUUGAAUGCUAUAGUGAAGGAGGAAAUAAGAAAAAAUAUUAAUCUGCUAGGCUCCUUAAUGACCACAACCCAAACCACAAACCUGGACUGUAUCCUAGCAGCAGAGAAGCACUAACAUCAAUUUCUUUCUGUGCCCCAGGCACCUCCCAUGUCAGUUGCCAUCACUUACUAUGACUGGGGGCCUGUUUGCUAACAUAGGGGUACUGAGAACAAAGGUAGUGGCAGCUGAUGGCACAGAGCUGCACGUUCUGGUAGCAGUGAAACUCCAGCACUGAGUGUAAUCUUAUCAUGCAAGCUUGUUUCACCAAAUGUAUAUGUUUACUGAUGUGAGCAUUCUCAUCUUAAUGAAAUUGAUUAAAUGAGGGGAAUUAUGAGCACAUCUACAAGGACAGGACUAACUGCUGAUGCCUGCUGUGCUGGGUUUAGGCUGCUGGUGAUCAGUGUAUCUCUUGUCAUUGAGCAAAUCCUGUUGACAUCCUGGGCAAGAUGCAAAUCCUCUCUUUCCCCAGGUUUUUAUUGCUGAGGAGGAUCUUGAUUUCAGUGAGUCAGAUAGUGUUCUUUUGUGAACAUGUCGGCUCAGAUGGCUUUGAAAAAUAUGUUUCCUUAUGAAUUGAAGCUGGCUCUCAAGCUUCUUUGGUAAGCACAGUGCACAAAUUAAAAUACUAAUCAUGGAUCUGUGUAGUUAAACUACUUGUACAGAUGGAUCUGAUGCUGUUGGUUGCAUUUUCCUAUUGCUACAGCAAAAGGAAGGAACUCCUGAGCUGGAACAGGGGUUUAAUAGAGGAAAUUAUUUGGGAAUGCAACGGCCUCUCUAAGAGACAGUUGCUGAGGAAAAGCUCUGUUGGCAAGCUUCCUCUUGGUUCUUGUCCAGAUCCUCAAGGUAUAAGUCAUCCUGAGCCAACUGAAGAGUACUUUUAUACUACCUGAGUUUCUUACCCUGUGCUUUAUCAUCAUUUCUGGUAGCUUUCAUCUGUUAAUGUGCAAAGAAAAACCAUCCUAGGCUGAAACACUGCAUUUAUCAAACAAGUCUAUAAACCUGUUUUCCAUAAGACUUUUGAACUAAUUAAUUUUGCCUGCCAUGGAGAUUUUAAAAUAUAUAAUGGAAAGUUGUAUGUGAAGAAGCAGUAGAAGCAAGACUGAAAUGGGUUUGUGGAGAUGAGGGAGUCACUCUCCUGGUUUCGAAAAGCAGCAAAUAGGUUGUGUGGUUUCAUAAUGUCUGGGGUUUUAAGCAAGCUCUGGAAUGUGAAAUUGUGAAAAUUUGUAAAAAUUGAACCCAUUUCAAUUUUGGUUCCAUCUCAAUAAACAGAUUUUUUUCUAUGUCUCCCUCA